AUGCAGUUCCAAAAAUGCGUUGUAUGCCUGCUGCCAUCUUUAUUGCUCUCCCCAUCUCUUUGUGCUCUGCUCGAAGUGCCGGCGGAGAACCCGACCCUCCCAAACAUCCGUAUCCGGCAAACCACGAACACAACCUCCGCAACAGUAAACCUCGAGUUCCCCUUCGUCUGCGAGACCAGCGAUCCAACGGGGAAAUACAAGCGUGUCGACACCACAUUCCGCAACUACGCGGACCCGACAAUCUCCACCCGGCAAUACGGCUACGCCGUCGAAGCGCUUACAAGCGACCUGAAGGCAUACAUGAAAGACCGGAAUUUCGAUGACUACAGUCUCGUGCCUCCUAUCCUGGGAACGCGCCAGUAUAAAGCCAUAGCGAAGAGGCCGAAGAUUCGGUUCUGGCUGACGCAAUUUGCGGCGGCGCCGGUGCAGAUGCAGUUCUGGAUGUUGGGAGAUGCGCUGUAUUGUAUUGAGCAGUACUCGGAGCAGUGGACAUCGCAGGUGAAGAGCGCGCAGAUUUUGUUUGAGUUGGUGCCGCAUGAGGAGGGCAAAUUUCCGGAGCAUAUGGCGAAUGGGGAGGUGAGGUAUGUGCCUGACGGUGUGGUGGAGACUGAUGUGUACUGA